CACGGUGGCAACUGGCAAGUUUUAAUACGACAAAAAGUUGUUAAAAAUAAAAGUAAUCGCGAAUUUAGUUGAAAAUAUAAAAAGUGUUUACUUUGUAUUGUUUAUUGAUGAAUUCAUCUGAGUUUAGUGAUAGUUUGUGUCAUUUUGUGCUUAUUUGUGCCGAUGUCGGAGUCUUGUAGUUAACGGUUCAUACUCGUGAACUUUUGUCUGAAUUUUAAACCCACCUAGAUGCAGCCUCCUUUAAAAACCCGGAUGUGAUACCAUGCGACUUUUGUAAUACUCGGAUAUUUGUUUGGAAUUAUAUCGAACAAUGGCAUCGCGAUGGUUUUCGUUUGUUUUGUGGGCAGCGUUUUGUUUCCGAACGGGAUGUUCGAAGGGUUUACCAGUAUUUGUACAAGAUAUGGACAAUCUACCUUUGUCAGAGAGCACGCCGGUUGGUGAAGUUGUCUACACGUUGCUGGGGACAGAUACUGAUGGGCUACCGAUUAAAUACGGACUCGUGGGUACUAAUAAAUUUUCGGUGGAUCCAAAGACUGGUGAAGUUAAACUCGUACAGCCAUUAGAUAGAGAGAAAGAAGAUACAAUAAAGUUCCUAGUAGUCAUAGAAAGUUUGGAUCCCAAUGCCGCCAUCAAUUUGGUGCAGACCCAACCUGUCACUGUCAUUGUCCUAGAUGAGAAUGACAACCCGCCUAUAUUUAAAAACAGUCCUUACGAGGUAGAUGUACCAGAAGACCAAGCUGUGGGUACCACAAUACUUCGAAACAUUGAAGUAGAGGACCAGGAUUCAGUUGGAGACAGUCUGGAAGUUGGAUGUGUGGUUAAUGAACAGUGGCCAGAGGCCUGUGAGUACUUCGAAGUGGUCAGCCUACAGUCAUCAGCUAACCAGUACACGGGAGCCUUAGUACUCCGAAAGCCGUUGGAUUAUAAUGAGAAACAAUUUUAUCAAUUUCAACUUCAAGCCACGGACGGGACCCUCAACUCAUCGGCUCCGGUGGAAAUAAAGGUGGUGGACGUGCAGAACAGUCCGCCCGUAUUCAGUGGCUCGUUGAGUGGGAGUUUGUCCGAAGACGCGCCCGUGGGAAGCGUAGCGCUAGUUGUCAAAGCAAGAGAUGCGGAUAGGGCUCAGCCGAGAGAUGUCGCUUUAGAGUUAAUCACCAAUCCGUUAGAUUUCUUUUGGCUCGACGGCAAGACAGGAGAACUGAAGACCGCUAAACCCUUGGACAGGGAAGCAUUAGCUGAUCCAUCAUCACCCUUAAAUCUGACUGUUAGAGCGAGUGAAAUAGUGAAUGGUCUUCCCAUAAUAUCGAACCUGACCACGAGCAUCGCGACUGUGACGGUCACAAUCAAGGAUGUGAAUGAUGAGCCACCGCGGUUCAAUAAAAGGGAGUACAGUGUAGAGAUCCCCGAAAGUUUACCCGUCGGGACACCCCUGCCCAACCUGGACAUGGUGGUCACUGAUACUGAUGUUGGUCUAAACUCAGUAUUCAGUUUACGUCUGUCUGAUGAGUUGGGAGCGUUCAUAGUGGAGCCCAGUACGGCCACUGGCAGUGCUACUGUCACUCUCAGACUCAACUCUACUUUAGACUACGAGGACCCUAAUCAGAGGAAGUUUAUUCUGGAGGUGAUAGCGGAAGAGCUGCAGACUUCUCCGCGACUAUCAUCCAAGGCCAGUGUGACGAUAUCCCUCAGUGACGUCAACGACAACGCGCCCCAAUUCGCGGAACAGCCCUAUUCAGGUUCCGUGGCUGAAGGUGCCCCUCCGGGGACCAGAGUGGUCGCCAUUAAGGCAACAGAUAGAGAUACGGGCAGAUACGGCACCGAGGGCGUAGUGUACCAGUUAUCUGGCAACGGAGCAGAACUGUUUCGCGUCGACAACCGCAGUGGAGUCAUCACUGUCGCCGCUUGUCCCACACCUGGAACUCCGCCUUGCAUUGACUUUGAGACUAGAAAGGAUUAUUUCUUGCAGUACAAGGCAACGGACGACGACGGCUCCGGCCAAAUGUCGGUGGUCUCCCUCCACAUCUCGAUCACGGACUCGAACGACAAUCCCCCUGCGUUCCUGACUCCCGUCUAUCGAGCAUCCAUCGAUGAAGAUGCUUUGAAGUUUGAGCCGGAGUUACAGGUCCAAGCUCGUGACUCAGACACGACUUCAGAUAUACGUUACUCUAUCGUCGAACCGGAAACGCAUCCAUUUUGGAUAGAUCCAGUUUCCGGAAGGAUAUUGGUCCGACCGGAAACAGGUGGAGUCCAUUCAACAGACGAUAACAAGAUUAUAUUGACUGUUCUCGCCACAGAUGGCAUCCACAACGCAACGUGCAAAGUGGAGAUCUCAGUGCGUGACGUCAACAAUCACGCACCCGUAUUCGACACUGACAGAUAUGAAGCUGACGUCACUGAAGACGCCGCUACUGGUAGUGAAGUGGCAAUAGUCCACGCCACGGACUUGGACAGCGGAGUGAAUUCCGAAAUAAAAUACAAGAUACAAAAGGGGGCCUUGGACGCCUUUACACUAGACAAUGCCACUGGAGUCCUCACCGUUGCUGACAAACUUGACUACGACAAGCGGAAUACGUAUAGGAUUCAAAUAGUCGCCGUUGAUAUGGGUAUCCCAAGCUUAACUGGUACAACAGAACUAAUAGUCCAUGUUAUCAACGUGAACGAUAAGAAACCGUAUUUUACUCCUCCGAUACAACGAGCUGAAGUAUCGGCUGAUGCGGAUAUGGACACCCUGGUGCAUACCCUGAUAGCGGUCGACCCGGAUAUCACGGAUAAUACCCAAUUGGUAUUCGAAUUGGGAGAAAAGCCAGUUCAGGCGGUUGAUAAGAAUGGCAAAGAGGUGUCCGAUGAUAUCAUAUUGUCAUCGUGGUUCAAAAUCCUGUCCAACGGUACAGUGGUGGUGGGUCAUCAUUUAGACAGAGAAAUUGCGGCCGUGGUUACACUUCCAGUCGCUGUAACAGAUGCUUCCGCGCCUAAUCUUCAGAAGACUGAAGGUGAACUAAUAAUAAACGUAGUGGACGUAAAUCGUCACGCGCCCGUAUUCACGCAACCCGCGUACACCGAGCGUAUACUCGAGGAGCAGCCGAUCGGGACCGUACUCAACGCGUAUACGGCCACGGACAGGGAGACGCCUAUAUCCGCCAUUGUUAUAUACCCGCCCAGCCCUUAUUUCUCUAUAGAUAAUGUUACAGGUGUAGUGAAAACUAUCCAACGAAUCGACUACGAGAAAAUACAUUCGAUAAACUUUACUCUCGUCGCUUUCGACUCUGGUGUUCCACAAUUGUCGACGUCUGCGGGUGUCUUCGUUGACGUGGUGAAUGUUAACGAUGAGGAACCGAAUUUUGACCAGGAGCUGUACGAGGCUAGCGUCGACGAGCACAGCGUAGUGGGAACGAGUGUUAUCACUGUACACUCUACUGAUAAGGAUGAGGGUGAAUUCGGUGAAAUAAGAUACAGCUUGGCUGGCCAAUCGCCAUACUUCGACAUAGACCCAAACACUGGAAUAAUCAUUGUGGCGGAUAAUAUUGAUCGGGAAUCUGUCACUGAUGUCACGUUGCGUGCAUUGGCCACAGACAUGGCGCCUGCGCAUCUUAGCAAGAGCACUAGUGUUCCUGUACAUAUAAAAAUCAAUGACAUAAACGAUAAUCCUCCAAUAUUCUCCCAAAAAGUGUACAAGGGAACUAUUGCCGAGAACCUGCAACUGAACCCUCCUGCCGCUAUUCUUCAAGUGUUAGCUGAGGAUAAAGACGUUGGUGUUAAUGGGAAACUCUUCUAUAGGAUAGUUGAUCAGACUGUGCCAGGUACCUUCUCUGUAGACCCUACAAAUGGUAUCAUAUAUCCUUCCAAACCCGUGACGGGCAACACGACCUAUUCUCUCACGGUGUCUGCGUCAGACCACGACGGACAGGGGUUCCAGGACACGGCCAAAGUGGACAUAUUUGUGAUGAGCGUUAACAGACACACUCCUGUGUUCGUCGAACCGCCGCCGGAUCAGCGGACUAUUGAAAUACCUGAGAACGCAGCACAAACAGACUAUCUCAUAACAACGUUCAAAGCUACGGACGAAGACAGUGGGGAAAAUGGCCGCGUGUCAUAUUACCUUAAAGUCGAUAACAAAAAUGUGGUCGAAACUCAGGAAUUCAGUUUGGAUACGAAUUCGGGACAGUUGAGGGCGAAAACCUUCUUGGAUAGGGAGCUUCAACCGGAGUAUGAGUUAGUAGUAGCAGCGGUGGACAAUGGUACUCCAGCCCAGUUCGAGGCUCUACGGGUGAUCAAAGUUGUAUUGGUCGACGAUGAAGACAACGCACCCAUCUUUCAAUUGUCCGCACACACCUUUACUGUACCCGAAAAUCUUCCAGCGGGAAUUAUUAUAGGUUCUGUUAAAGCCAUAGACAAAGAUUCAGGUGAAAACGGCAGAGUGUACUAUCAUCUACUAGAGGGCAACCAAGAUGGCGCCUUCACUCUUGACAGGACACAGGGAACCAUUCGGGCUAAUAUCAGUUUUGACAGGGAAAAACGUGACGAAUACACAAUGACGAUAUACGCUAGCAACAAUCCGAUACUCGAACACGUUGCCGCCAUCUUGAAUUCCAUAGACAAUAGCACUGACGGUCAAGAUGCGAGUGUUACCAUUGUUAAAAUCAAAAUACUCGACGAAAACGACAACGAACCGAAAUUCCAAAAAAAGGUUUACUAUGCAGGCGUAAAGCACACGGCGCGCAUCAAUGAGCCGAUAAUAUCGCUGGUGGCGUCGGACCCGGAUCUGGACGAGAAUGGAACCUUGAUCUACAUGGUGGCAGCUUCUAACCUCUACAAGUUUGGGGCUUCGCGGUCCAGUGGCAGUGUGGUGCCUUCGCCCUUUAAUAUUACACAGGAUGGUACUCUAAUGACCGCUCACUUCAUGUCGGAGUACAACCAAGAUAGGUUCGUCCUGGACAUCAUCGCACAGGAAGUGGCUCAUCCACACAGACAGGCCAAAACACAAGUUUAUAUUUGGAUUAUAGAUCGCUCAUCUCUCAUCCGCAUGGUGGUAUCAAGGAGUUGUUCCACAUCCGUGGAUGCUGUAGAACGGAGAUUAGGAGAAGCUGGAAGUGCUUUAUUGGUCCCAAACAGAAGAGUACCACUCGUGCAGGCUGACAGGAGACUGGAUGACUGGUGUGAAGUGCAUUUGCAUGCAGUGGAGCCGCUUACGUGGCAAGUUCUGCCCGUGGAGAAAGUUCUGGAGAGUAUCGACUCGAAGUACGAUGAGCUGAAGGACGUUUACCAGCAGUACGGAGUGGAGACCCUUAUUGCAGCCAGUUCCACUUCCAAAGUUCCAGACAGUUUCGACCCAGCGCUCGCGACGUUGAUUGCACUUCUAAUAGUUCUGUUCACGGGCAUCGUCACCUUCGUCGUCGUGUGUGCCUGCCUCAAGCAUUGGGUGAUUCCUCCGCCAUCACUUCAAUCCAGUAAAGGGGAUAGUUUGGCUCGUCGACGAAUUCUCGAAGAGCUCAGCACCACAGAGAACCCUUUGUGGUUGGAGACCAAGUUGAGGCCUUACGAGGAGCAGGAGCUCACUAUGAACGUGUUUGGAGACCAGCAGGACACUUCUAGUGAGCAGCCACAGCCAACCGACAACACAUACGCAACAAUCCAAGGUCGCGCAGAGAGAUUCGGGGAUUACGCAACGCUCGGGAGGGAUUCUCCGACUCCGCUCGAAGCUGCUCUGGGAUUCCAGGGAAGCACAUUCAAGCCUCCGACGUGUGAUACACCAGAACCUCCUCCGCGGCCGGCAGGGAUGGGACCGCUUUCAUAGUUUUGCGUUGUCCCAUUUUGUAAAUAUAAAGAUUUAUAAACAAAUUAAAGACUGAAAGAAAUGUGAGUGAAAAUGUUGCCAGUCAAAAGUAUCCCAGAUUUCGAUAAUUUAAAACAAACAAAACUUUAUAUUUUCGUUCAGUCUUAAUUUAGGAAAAUCGUAAUUAGCAUUUGUAUAUUAAAUUAUUGAGCAGCGAUCGUUAACAGCUAGUUAUAAAUAACUCUCAGCGUUUAACGUAACUAUUUUUACAUUUUAUAAUACAAAUAUGAUUAAAAUCUAGUCUAUGGAAAACGAUUUAUUCGCUAUGAUUUAAAACUUUGUGACUCAAAUACUUGCCUUGAGAUACGGUUUUGUAAAACUUCUUUACGACACACACAUUUGACGCUUAAGUUGAAUCUGAAACUUCUAAUCUAUGGAAGAAUACUAUAGACAAUUUUGACCGACUUCAAAAAAAUCGUGAAGUGAUAUUCUUGGUUUUGAUAUUGGGCUCCCAAAGCAUUUUCCAGUAAUUGGUCGAAAACUAAGUAUAAUUGAGAUGUUGAAUUUAAAUGAAAGAAACACGUUUAAACAAAAACAGUUCAUUCCUUUUUGAGACAUGAGGGACUUCCAGAAAUUCUGGGUGUAACAAAUUAUCGAACCGAUUGCAUCUAUGGGGGGCUUUGACUUACUUUGACUUAAUGUCCUAUAACCCCUAGGUGGGGCAGAGGGCGUCCACAGUGAGUCUCCAUCGCGUUCGGUCUUGAGCCUCGUGUUUCACCUCGCUAAAGGUCGUCGGUAAAAGACCGGUCCGGUUUCUCACUGUUUCGGUUUCUUGAAUCGUUGGUUUUUCAGGCAAGCAGGAGAUUAACCCACUGUGCCCUAGUCUGAUAGUGGGGCUGCCACUUUAGAGCAUCCAGACAUGCUCGGUUUUAUACGGGUUACCUCCCUAGUGAGUGGAUUCUGUUUUAAGGCGCAGAAUAUUCGCCUUUUGCCCUGCAUCCUCAGCUCAUCUGCAGCUCUAGGUAGUGGGCACGCGUGAGCGUGGCUGCAGUAGGUCCCAGGGUGGACGACUAGGACGAGGAUGACUCGGACUGGUCGGGGUUCUGCUUAUACUAGUGUUCCACUACGUAACACAGCAGAAGGUUUUUUUUGGCUUUUUCUAGGCAAUGCUGACCUCACUCCAUCAGCGAUUCCCACCAACACCAACCCCAACUUCCCACCCCAAAGCCCAUGGGGGGCUUUAGUGACCCUUAACUGUUUAUGUAUGACUCUGAGUGCGAAUAUUAUACUAAUUAAUAAAUAAUAAUGAGCUUACCGAUGCGAUGAGAGCUGUUUAGCUGAUUCAAUGCCUUCGAGUCAUUUUGUAAAUAUAGAAUAAUUAUUGCAUGUUGACGACGUGUUAUUUAUAUAAUAAACUCUUGGCACUCUCUUCUCUUCUCUUCUCUUCUUGCUGCAUAUAUUAUUCAUAAAAAGUAAAGAAAAUAAUAUACAAGUACAAAUGAAUUUGACAAAACUUUUCGUACUCGUAACGAAGCGCUUGUAAAGAAUAAAUCACUCUGACAUCUCUUUCCAUCGCAGUGUUAAUACAAUUUGAGAGAAAGAGACAUAUGAGUGCAAUCAUUUAGUGUUUUGCGUAUUUAUGAAUUAUUAUGUAUUUAAUGUUACCGGUGAUACGUCGACAACGUUCAGUUAUUUAUGUACAUUAUCGAUAUAUUUUAGUAAGUUUUUGGUCAUAUUAUAGUUGAUUUAGGGUUAAACUAAUACCAUAUUUCAGCCUAUAACAAGUCUAUUAGCCUAUUAUUAACGGUUAUAGCAAAGGCUAGCCGUUUUUUUAAUAAUAUUUUAUAAUAUAAUUAUGUAGCUACAGUUUUUUCUAUGAGUUAUUGUGAUAUUAUAUUUUGAAUCUAGACAUUGCGAUUGAAAUUAUUGAUAUAGCGACACAGUUUUUUUAUAAGGCGCGACUGAUUAGUGCGGGACAGUUAUUUGGGACACGCGAUUGUACAUACCCACUAAAACCCCAAGGCUUCACCAACAAUCACCUUAGGCGGGAUGCGAUAACAGCAGAGCCUUAUCCGCUUAAACACAACGACACAGCAACACAAGCCUUUACGUAAUACUGAAAACUAUUAAGGUGAUUAUUGUGUGACCAUGUGUAAAAAAUCUAAUAUACGUGUCAUAUGUACAAAUAUAAGUUCAUAUUAUUUCAUUCGUUCGUUCGUUCCCUUGCCAAUAUCCGGAAUUCAUAUUGAGUCAGGCAUUCAAUCAAGUCACUUCCUUACGGAUGCCCGACUCUAUAUGAAUUGUUGUAGAAUUCCGGGUGUUGUAGGCAAAUAAAAGAUUAUAUAUUAUAAGGUGGAACUCUCUAUUUUGUAAUAUCAAAGUAUUUUUGUAAAUACCUAUUUUUGUACGAAUAAAGAUAUUA